AGCUACUGACGCGCAGAUCAUGUGUACUGUGGUGCGCAUCGCCGCAGUUAGCUCCCGUGGAUCUGCAUACCCACCGGCCAUUGUACCAGUGCUACCGACGAAGAAGCAUUCCAUCAGCUGCAGGAAACAACACGUCUAUAAGAAAAUUCAAAAUUUGAAUAUGUCGAACUCAUCCCCGAGCGGGGAACGUCGAGAGCACCUAUACAAGAUCCUGGUGAUCGGUGAAUUAGGCACCGGUAAAACUUCAAUCAUAAAGCGCUACGUACACCAGUUCUUCAGCCAGCACUACAGGGCGACCAUCGGCGUCGACUUCGCGCUUAAAGUGCUGAAUUGGGAUGCGAACACGAUUAUAAGACUGCAGUUAUGGGAUAUUGCUGGUCAGGAGCGUUUCGGGAACAUGACCCGGGUGUACUAUAAGGAGGCAGUGGGCGCGUUCAUAGUGUUCGAUGUGUCGCGAUCUGCCACCUUCGAGGCGGUGGUGAAGUGGAAGAACGACCUCGACAAUAAGGUGCAGCUACCGGACGGAUCGCCGAUACCGUGCAUACUGCUCGCUAACAAGUGUGAUCAACAAAAGGAAGGUAUCGUGAAUUCACCGGCGAAGAUGGAUGAAUACUGUCGAGAGAAAGGGUUCGCGGGCUGGUUCGAGACUUCAGCCAAGGAGAACAUCAACAUAGAGGAGGCUGCUCGCUCGCUCGUUAAUAAGAUCCUGUUAAACGACAAACUCCUUCAAAGUGCAGACGGUAAGGACGCAGAUCGCAUAGCGCUCGAACACAAAAUCGCAAAUGGAGAGAACUCACGCGCCAACACGAACAAAUCAUGCGCUUGCUGACAUUCAUAGUUUUAUUAUAAAUUGGUUGGUUAGUUUUAAAGCUAAUAAGUUGUGUUUAUUUUGUUUGUAAUAAAGGCCAAUCUCGGGAACUCUUAGGUGUCGUUGUUUUUGAUGGGCUUGAUUUGUCAAAACGUCAAAAUUAAGAAAGAAAUUUAAAAUUUAGGAACUGUUUAGUCGGUGUGCAUUUUUUUUAUAUCGUCUAGUAUUAUUAAUAGAACAUAUUUACAAAUAAUAAUAAUGAUACAAUUUUAUAUAAAAAUAUUAACAUUUCUUUAAAUGUAGUAAACAAACAGCGCCGAUUGAAACCAGGUGUCAUCCUCAGAGUACAGCAGGGAAAUGCAUACAUAUCAACAUUUCAUAGACAUCUUUUUCCUCACUGAUGUUAGUAGGUUAAAAAAAGAGGAAGAAAAAUGUGUCUAUAUUAAAAUUUGUACACUGAUAAUUUUUUUUUCUUGUAUUAUAAUAAAUAUAAACAACAUGUUAUGUGAGUCAUUAAAUCUGCUAACGCUACAAACUUGUUAGCCAAUAUUUAUAGGUUAGAUUUUAACUAAUUUGAAGAUUGACUAAGCGUUCUAGAAUAUAUUGUUUACAAAACAUACUCUACAGAAUUUUAAUUUCAAUAUCGAUCGCAAAUUCUGAUAGCAAUAUCAAUGGAAUAUUUUUU